CCCCGCGGAACUCAUCUCCUUCUUCCUCCCUUCCUUCCUUCUCCGCCCAAUCCUUCCGCACCUCACACCACCAUUGCCACCGCCUCCGCUUCCACAAGGCACACAAAACCCUAGGCUGCCUCUGCCUACCCACACACACGCGCGCCCCAUGGUGAGCUUCGGCGUGGACACGCGGCCGGCGCCGGCGGCGUCGGCGUCGGCGUCGGGGGCGGGGGAGGGGGCUUUAUCGUUCCUGUCGCGGAGCCUGCGGGAGGACCUGCGGCUGAUCCGGGCGCGGGCGGGGGAGCUGGAGACGCUGCUCAGCGCGCCCGUCCCGGAGCCCGAGCUCUUCGCGCGCCUCCGCAAGGCCUACACCACCACCACGUCGCCGUCCUCCUCCGGGAGGACGCGGCUGGACCUGUCGGCCAUCGGGAGGGCGUUCGAGGCGGAGGCCGGGAGUACGGGCUGGGGCGCCACCGCCAAGGCGAACAACAAGGGCAAGGCGGCCGGGUGGGGGUGGGAGGUAGCCGACGCGGAGGGAGAGUGGGAGCCCAUACGUGCCGUCAAGGCGCGGCUCCGGGACCUCGACCGCAGGGGACACCACCAGGCCUCCCACGUGCUCCACAAGGUCAAGCUCAGCCUGAAAUCGAUGAGCUUUGCACCUGAAGCAUCUGAGGACGUUCCACCACUGGAUUUAAACGAACUCUUUGCGUAUUUUCUAAAGCAAUCUGGACCGUUGUUUGACCAACUUGGUAUAAAAAGAGAUGUGUGUGACAAGUUGGUGGAGUCUCUAUGUAGCAAGCGCAAGGACUCCUUUGCGUAUGAUCUUCUGUCGUCUAGUGAACCAUCUUUGUUCAGAAAUGACAAUGUUUCUGAUGAACUUGACCUAAGGAUAGCUAGCGUCCUACAAAGUACGGGACACCGUUAUGAAGGUGGAUUUUGGGACGACAGACCAAAGUAUGAUGUAGCUGACAAGAGACAUGUUGCGAUAGUCACUACUGCCAGUCUCCCCUGGAUGACAGGCACGGCUGUAAAUCCAUUGUUUCGAGCUGCAUACUUGGCCAAAUCUUCCAAGCAAUAUGUAACCUUGAUGGUGCCCUGGCUUUGCAAGUCAGAUCAAGAGCUCGUCUAUCCCAAUAGCAUGACUUUUAGUUCUCCGCAAGAUCAAGAAACUUAUAUAAGGGAGUGGCUGGAGGAAAGAGUUGGUUUUAAAACGGACUUCAAAAUAUCAUUCUACCCUGGAAAGUUUCAGAAAGAAAGGAGAAGUAUAAUUCCUGCUGGUGACACUUCACAAUUCAUACCAUCAAAGGAAGCCGACAUUGCAAUUCUGGAAGAGCCUGAGCACCUGAACUGGUAUCAUCAUGGAAAACGUUGGACUGAUAAAUUUAAUCAUGUUGUUGGUGUUGUACAUACCAACUAUUUGGAGUAUAUCAAGAGAGAAAAGAAUGGUGCUAUUCAAGCUUUUUUUGUCAAGCACAUCAACAACCUGGUUGCCAGAGCUUAUUGCCACAAGGUUUUGCGACUAUCAGGAGCUACUCAAGAUUUAGCCAGGUCCAUUGUCUGCAAUGUACAUGGUGUUAAUCCCAAGUUUCUCGAGGUUGGGGAGAGAAUAGCAGCAGAGAGGGGGUCUGGCCAACAGUCCAUGUCCAAAGGAGCUUAUUUUCUGGGGAAGAUGGUCUGGGCCAAAGGUUACAGGGAACUGAUAGAUUUGUUUGCGAAGCACAAGAGUGCUUUAGAAGGCUUCAAACUGGACAUCUAUGGAAACGGUGAGGAUUCACUUGAAGUACAAUCUGCUGCCAAGAAGUUGGAUCUGAACCUCAACUUCCAUAAAGGCCGGGAUCAUGCGGAUGAUUCUCUUCAUGGGUACAAGGUGUUCAUAAACCCAAGCAUAAGCGAUGUCCUCUGCACCGCGACUGCUGAGGCGCUAGCCAUGGGCAAGUUUGUGGUGUGCGCAGACCACCCAUCCAACGAUUUCUUCAGGUCGUUCCCAAACUGCCUGACAUACACGACAUCGGAGGACUUCGUCGCCAAAGUGAAGGAAGCGAUGACCCGCGAUCCCCAGCCCCUCACGCCCGAGCAACGAUACAACCUGUCGUGGGAGGCCGCGACCCAGAGGUUCAUGGAGCACUCCGAGCUGGACAAGGUCCUGAGCAGCAGCAGCAGCACCUCCGAGCACGCUACCAGGAAGAUGAAGAAGUCGGCGUCGCUGCCAAACAUGUCGGACGUCAUCGACGGUGGCCUCGCGUUCGCCCACUACUGUUUCACGGGCAACGAGCUCCUCAGGCUGUCGACCGGGGCGAUACCGGGGACACUCAACUACAACAAGCAGCACAGCUUGGACCUCCACCUGCUGCCCCCUCAGGUACAGAACCCCAUAUACGGCUGGUAAUCAAGAAACACAUAACCAUCACUGCUGCUCUUAGUAGUAGUACUAGUAGUACAUAGAUAGCUCUGUAAUUUGUAACACUAAUUCUUUUCUUCUUUCCCUUCCCUUCCCUCUCCUUGAUGCCAAAGCUUAGGCAAAGCCUCUGUCCAUCAUCAUAAAAUACAUAUCGCUUGUAGUAGCAUCUAGAUAAAAGCUUUGAGUGUGUUGUCCGUAGAUUCUUGAUGAGCCCCUGUUCCUCUCUGUCUGGUAGUGCAACACCCGUGAGGUGGAAUAGAA